GUCUCAUUGAGCUAUCGUCAGUUGAGUGUUGUGCGCGAAACUUUAAACACCUUUCGUUAAUUAUUUUGAAAUAAAUGGAGUCAUCGCUGGCAGAGUCUUCUUGUGAGACUGAGAAUUCUCAAGAAUACACCGUUGGAGUCAGAUUGAUUGUGUUAAAUCUACCUGAAGACGAAGGCGAGGGUCUUGGCUUCAGGCUGACCAGGACGCUGUGGGAUCCAUAUCCUUGGGUGCGCGAGGUGACGCCGGGAUCCAGGGCUGAUGGGGCCGGCUUGAAGACUGGUGACUGUAUUCUUCAGGCGGAUGGCAAGGACUUACUGGGACUGCCGGUGGGGCAAGUUGCUGGUCUCAUAAGAGGUGACGGUGCUGGUCGCGGCGUGUCCCUACUCGUGUGGAACUGUGGAGUAGACCCUAAAGACGAUCCUGAGUUACUAUGGAGCUGCGGCGGCGGGUCACGCGGGGAGAAGUCGCGGCGCGCGCUGGCCGGCGUAGUGAAAGCGUUGUCGUGCUGCGUCUGCGCUUCUACCGCGACCAGAGCGCUGAACUGUGCCAGGUCGCAUUUGUAUUGCGAAGCUUGUUGGACGAGGCUAGAAAAAUGUGCAUUAUGCAGGGAAAUUUUACCAGCCAAGGACUCCCCGUACGCCAGGAAUUUGGUAGCAGAACAGGUAUUCGAAGCCAUAGCCACAGAAUACGAAAUAAAAACAACACCCAAAAGGACCGCAACAUCAACUUGCACACCAAACAGAUCUCCAAAUCUAUCCCCAUCAUCCAACCGAAAAGGACAGUACCAACUAUCCAUGAUGAAUAGGAAAAAAGCUGUGCAUUUCAACGAAAACUACAGACAUACACACUCAGAUCCAAACAUACCUAGAUCGCUGACAGAAAGAAACGUAACCUCUUUGGCGGGAACUUCUUGCCAAUGUAAAGAUGGCGUCCAGAAUAACGAUGAAAUCAAAUUGCAGCACAAGCUGGUCACACGUGUACGUCAGGCGUGUUCCAUGGCCGAUUUGGCGAAUGUCAACGGACAAAAUAGGACGGAGGCUUUGACAUGUCGAAUUCACGGGCACAGCAGUUCGUUGGACAAUUUGAAUUGCAAAACUGGUUGUGAUACGCCUAUAUUCGUCCUCUCUCCUCCGCCUGUAUACGUGGUGACGUGUGAACAUAAAAUCGAAUGACAGAAACUCGCCUUGUGUGUAAUCAUUGUGUAAUAAAUGUAAAUAAUAAUCA